CAAUGCCUUCCUUUGUCCCAAAUCGUUCCCCAUCCCUAGCCAGGUCGCUAGCCAGGUUGUUCAAAUCGUUCCCAAAUCGUUCCCCAUCGCUAGCCAAAUCCUUUCUCCCAAAUCGUUCCCCAAAGCAACUGGAGUCGCGCUAAAUCGCGCUAAAUCGCGAAUCCCCAGCCCUACCAAUCGCGAACAGUCUCAUCGUUUCCCCAACCCGCAAUUUCAAUCUAAACUGAAUCAUCGAUUGAUUUCAAAUGAAACGCGCAGGCAGUGACUCUCCACCUAAACCAUGGGAAAAAGCUGCAUCCUCUUCUGGUCCUGCACCUUUUAAACCUCCCUCUCCGGGAAGCACAAGUGAUGUAGUGGAGACAUCAGGAACUGCUAAUCCAGGAGAAAUAGUCAAUUCAGCUAACAGGAAUAAUACAGCUGCUAACACAAAUGCACUUGCACGGCCUGUACCUAACCGGCCUUGGGAGCAGCAGCAACAACAGACAUAUGGAAGCACCUAUGGAGGUUAUGGCUCUGGCUUGAACUACAACUCCGGUUAUGGAUCAGGAACGUAUGGUGGCUCAUAUGGUGGAUAUGGGUCAAGCAUGUAUGGCGGUAGUGGUGGAUUGUAUGGAAACAACAUGUAUAGAGGAGGUUAUGGUGGGUUAUAUGGAGGUGGCAUGUAUAAUGGGGGAAUGUACAACAGUGGUGUUGGAGGCCCAAUGGGUGGUUAUGGAGUAGGUGUGCCAUAUGGAGAGCAAGAUCCAAACAAUCCAUUUGGUGCCCCUUCAUCUCCACCAAGCUUCUGGGUUUCCUUGAUGCGAGUGAUGCAAGGUGUGGUUACUUUCUUUGGGCGGAUUGCAAUGCUGAUUGACCAGAAUACCCAGGCAUUCCACCUGUUUAUGACUGCACUACUUCAGUUGUUUGAUCGAUCUGGGGUAUUGUAUGGGGAGCUUGCAGGGUUUGUGCUGAGAUUAUUAGGAGUGAAAGCAAAGCCCAAAAAAGCUCAACACGCUGAUGCUGAAGUCCCUGGCCCGCAAAAUCCUCGUGGGGGUCAAAAUUUCAUUGAGGGCCCAAAGGCCCUUGGCCCCAGUGGAGCAUGGGACAGCGUAUGGGGUGGGAACUGAAGCAGUUGACUGAUGACUUUGCACGGACCCAACACUUCUCUGUUUACACCUUCACCAAAUGGCCACAGACAAACAAGGCGUUGUCUCUUUCUGCACAGAGUGGAACUUCCAUACAAUAGUUGGUUCCGUUACCAAUCAUGGAUCUGCUUGGUGUUACAAAUGCUUGAUAUUAUAAUUUACAGAUUUAUUAUUACAGAUCAAUACGGUGUAUUUCUUGUGUCAUAUUUUACUGUAUAAUUUAUUAUAUGUGUUACGACCUUUGAGUUUGUUGUUUUCUUUGGCAUGAUAUUGAGAUGCUUGUGGACACUUAAGUUGUGAUUAAACUUCUUCAUGUCUCCUCGAAAAUUUACGGGUGAACUAUGAAGCUACAAAUUAAAAUUAUGAUUAGUGGUAUAUUAUAGGAGUUUUUCUUUAAA